AUGGAAUCAGUGUCUAUCCCAUCUAAUGCACCGUUUCUCAGGGCUAUCGAGCAAUAUGCAGACGAUAACAAACCGGAUCCUCUCUCUUUGAAGCAAUUGAAAGGACUAUCAGUGGAAUGGGAGAAUAGAACACUUCCACCAGUACAACAAAGCUUCACCUUUGAUCCAACUCAUUUGAUCCACGGUAUCCUUUCCAUCACUGGGGAAUAUAUCCUUGUUCGACUGAGCAUAAUAUGUGCCUGGACCUUUGACGAAUCUUCUCCCAAGCACGGGAAUCUCUCCUACAAAUGUGGUGCUUCCGCCGAAAUGGUAGAGUCAAAGAAGAUGACUGACGGAUUCAACGAAAAGGCAGCGGUGGACGAAAAGAUAAAAUCGAAAAUGCAAAAACGACUCAAGAAGGAUGCAUAUAUAUCCAAACUAUUGACAAACAGCAAGGGAGAUAGGACAGAAUCGGAUUGGCCAGUCUUUGCUUCUGCAGAAAUUCGGUCGCUAAUGGACGAUUUGGAAGAACGGGUAGAUGUUUCACAGCCGAUUGCCGAAGCCAUCAAACGUGCGGUCUGGUCAUCGGCGGAAUCGACCUUGGACAUUGUGGACUUAUUGUUACAGUUUCCAUGCUUGCCAACUAGCAUGCACACGGACAUUAUUGCUACGACCGAGCUUGCAAACAGAGCCAAGCUGCGAUUAUUGGAAGAUGCCAUGGUUGAUGCUUGUGAGCAGGAAGGGGAAGAUCAAAUUCUCGAAGACUUGACGAUUGGUGGUGAGAAGAAAGCUGAAGAAGAGGAUGCAACAGAAUCUAGAGGAAAGAACCAAUCGAAAAGGUCUAAGCGGUGA